AUGACUAGGCAUUCAAAAGAAUGGCUUGAUGAAAAACAAAUAAAGCUGUAUGAUUAUAAAAAAUUUUCUGAACCUAAAGAAGUCGGUAGAGGAGGAUAUGGGACAGUAUAUAAAACAGCUAUUAAAAGGUUAGACUUUGCUUUUAAAAAAUCAAGUAUUGAGGAGAAAGAUGAGAAGAAUGAAAAGAUUAUUCAAAGAUUUGAUAGAGAGUAA